AUGUCAGUUCCACAAAAAUUAUUAACUUUUAUCUUUACAGGCGGUGGGUUUAACAAUACUUUCUAUGGCCACGAAAAUGAUGUGCUUAAUGCUUCCUGUGCAACAGGACAAAGCCUUACAGUUGCUGCAUGUUUCUAUGGUAUUAAUAGUGCUACUCCUGGAUGUGGUGGAUCGACAGUCUCGGCAAACUGUUUCUCUAUGGAUGUUACAUCUACAUGUGUUGCACUAUGUAAUCCGAAUUAUUGCUAUUACACAAUUGAUAAUGCAAAUUUUGGCGACACAUGCUUUGGGCUAGUGAAAACAUUUUGGAUGUAUUUUACAUGCUCGUAA